GUAAUUGUGUUUGAUAGACGAGAGUAAGCGGAAAUAAAUGCUUGCUCAGUGUUCUUAUUUUAAAAUCGUGUAUUUGCUUGUUAGAACGACGCAUACCCAUCAGUAACGUAGGUAUCAUGAUACGCAUGCGCAAAACUCAGAGAAGGCUAACCCUUUAAUUUUGAUGACAGAGUUUGUCGCUUGGAGAAGAUUUUUGUUAAAAGUAAAUUAAGAUUUAAAAGAGCUCUACUUUAAUGCCUUGGAGAUUCCUAAUGCGCGAAACUUGUGACAUAAAGGCAGUCGUCUUUCCUCUACGGCUACAACAGGUCAAAGACGGAAGUUAUCGGGAGUGAACGCUCUCGUUUUCGGAGGCUGUUGGACUUUCGUUCGCGAGCUCAGCAGAAUCGCCUGCCUGCGCUCACGAGGGGAGCCAGCCCAGUCUUGUCAGCGCGCGGCUGUGUGGUGGAAGAUGGCGCUAGCCGAAUGGAAAUCCUAAUGACAGUCUCCAAAUUUGCCUCCUUUUGUACCAUGGUGAGUGCACUGCGGUCUCAUACUCGCGCCAACCAGACUUUGAGUUGAUAGAAGACAUUAGGCUUUUGCUGCGUUUUGCUCACGAGCCGCGGACUAGCCGAUAUAAGCAGUUAAUUCUGGUGUCAGUGCUAGCCAAGCAGUUUUCCCGACCAGGGCAAAACAGGCAGCCUCCCACUGCCUUUUCUGCUCUGCUGGCUUGGAUUACAGCAGUAGAUGGGCCCUCUAAAGACACGGGUCCGUCUCAUUAGAGAGUUUGAGGACUUAUUUGGCUAAUAUUGAGAACAGUUUGUAAGAUCACAGCCACAGUGCACCUGCUGCAGCUGGGAUUGUGGGCUAACUUGCUAACGUGAAGCUAAAGCAGUGCUGCAGAUUGCAAACAACUGGAGCACAGCUGGAAAAUGGAAGACUUUAGAGUGAGGGGUGAUGAAUCCAAAGGGAUGUGUGGGUGAAUACCGCUUAGUAUCGCACGCUGGCUCAUGACAAUCCAACAGAUCCCACAAACGCAGCCAAUGACGACAUUGUUUAACAUUAGCUGCGCAGUUGUGGACCCGAUCCAGGUGCUGAUCCACUCUGCACACUUUGUUUCUUCAUCGGUCUCUGCUCGCCCCCUCGGAAUAUCUCCCCCUAAGAAGCCCACUGCUCCCUGUACAUGCUAUUUUCUGCAUUACUCUUUUAUAACAAACAUUCUUGCAUUGAAACCCUUUAAAAAUCAGUGUAAGCAGCAGCAGUCAGGGGCAGCUCUAUAAAAGUGAUGCAUGCUUUUAGGUCUAAUGGCAUUAAGGGGCAGAGUGGAGGUGGCAGCCAUUAGUGUUUUGUUUUAUCUCAGCAGCAUAUAACCUUGAAACGCAAAGCUGUUGCCAUCCUCUUUGGCAGCCAAUUGCUGACUUACUCUUUUGUAUAAUGUAGGAAAUAAAAGCUGAACUGACCAGAUUUCUGUUUGUUUGUGUGUAUGUGUAUGUGUGUGUGUGUGUGUGUGUGUGUGUGUGUGUUUACAGGGCGCCAAUGCCUCUGCUCUGGAGAAAGAGAUUGGAUCUGAGCAGUUUCCGGUCAAUGAGCACUACUUUGGCCUGGUCAAUGUAAGUGAGCCAAACACUCACCUCGAGUGUGUCUGUUUUUGUUUACAUCUCCAUCUGACUCCAUUCUGCCGUGUUUGUUUUCAGUUUGGGAACACCUGCUACUGCAACUCGGUGCUGCAGGCUCUUUACUUCUGCCGGCCGUUUCGGGAGAAGAUCUUGGCGUACCGCAGUCAGCCUCGGAGAAAAGAGAACCUGCUCACCUGUCUGGCUGACCUGUUCCACAGCAUCGCCAACCAAAAGAGGAAAGUGGGUGUCAUACCGCCGAAAAAAUUCAUCACUCGGCUGCGCAAGGAGAAUGGUGAGUGUCUCAGGAUUAUUGUGACAACUGCUUUAAAAAUAUUUGUCCCUCUUAGUCAGCUGAGAUCUUGCUGGGAUUGAUCCAGAAUACCCUGAAGUUCCUGUUCAACAUGUUGAAUAGUGGAUAUCUGAAUUAUAUGUCCCCCCUCUUUUUGUUCUUUGAUCCUCAGAGCUCUUUGACAACUACAUGCAGCAGGAUGCCCAUGAGUUCCUAAACUACCUGCUCAACACCAUUGCAGAUCUGCUUCAGGAGGAGAGGAAGCAGGAGAAGACCAAUGGCCGCCUUGCCAACGGCACACUGGACUCUCAGAACAACAACAGCAACGCAACACCCGCUCCCACAUGGGUCCAUGAGAUCUUCCAAGGCACUUUGACCAAUGAGACACGCUGCCUUACAUGUGAAACGGUAGGACAACCUACUGCUCGGGGGUGCAAUACAAGCAGUGUAAGGUGUUUGUACAUUAGUUUCUGCUGGUGUAAGUCCAAACAUUGUUUUAGGCAUGUAGUAGGAUUGUUAUUGGCAGCCUGAACCCUCAUAGACUCUCAUAGAUAAGCAGUAAAAUAUUACAAGGAUGAUUCAAGCAGAUAGGACUAAUUUCUGUUGUGUUAUGGUUUAAAGGAAGUGCUGUGUUAGGUGUACACUACAAGUAUAAGAUACCAGUCUAGGCUCCUCUGACCAACAGCAGCAAAGGCCUGAUGGAAUUGGUGAUUCUUUCCUGUCGUGUGAGGUCUGUUUGAGUGAUUCCACCCCCUCAAUCUGCUUGAGGCCGCCCUGAUUAAAGAUUGUAUAUAUUUAAUAUGUUUAAUACUUACAAUCAGAAUUCCUGUUGUGUGGGGGUAACCCCGAAAACUCUGUGGCAGGUCAUGUGAGUGAUACAGGAGCAAACUAGGGAGCAACCUGACUGAAGAAGGAAGCACAAGAAAUGCAUCCCUGACUACAGUGGUUAAUACGAGCUGUAAAUAUGAAUGGACGUGGGAAAUGGAGGAUCAAACUGUUUAAUUGUGGCGACAGUUAAAUUAUUUGUACAGUGUGUCCUGUCAUGAGUUUCCAAUCUAAGGUCUGAAUCAGAGGGCUUUGGAGGGGGUCACGACUCACGAGGUUGUCAAAACAUCAUCUGCACACACUUGCUGGACAGUUUGUAUAAUUUUGCUGAUGGAUAAAACUGAAACAUACCAAAGCAUACCUGUGAUAAUGACUAGGCGAACAGUUGAACAGUAAUAGCUCCUGCAGUAAAUGUACCAGCUUGACAACCGUCUCCUUCUCCCACAUGUUUGAUUACUCGGAAGUCCUGUUGAGAGUCAGCGCUCCAGUUGCUGGUGAAUGAAAUCUGUUAGUGUGUGAUGUGCACAUCGUUCACCUGCUGCACAAACGGACGAAAUCUUGAAAACAAAAACUACGAAAUUGAAUAAUCUUCUUAGUAUUGCUCGGCUUUAUUUUGGCAUCCCUUUUCUCCACAGAUAAGCAGCAAAGAUGAGGACUUUCUGGACCUGUCUGUGGAUGUUGAACAGAAUACCUCCAUCACACACUGCCUCAGGUACGUUCACUGCAUACAGACGUGGAGCUGCUUCAGCGAUAGGAGGAGACAGGAUUAGUGGUUGAUUGACAAAGAAUUAAUCCUCCGCUGAAGGGAAAGUUGUUUUUUUGGCAGAAAGUAAAACUUGUGGUGGUUCAUGCUUCUUGAAAAUAAGGAGAGACUUUCCUUCCUGUCUUUUCUUUCAUGUUGUAAACUGAGAUUGAGUCACUUUGAGGCUGUCAUUUAUAAGUGAUUGGAAGAUUUUUGAUCUAUCAGUCAUAAAGACAGUUGUCACCUGAUUCACUUUUUGUUAUUCUGAGCAGGUAACUUCUGAAGGCUGCUGUAUCCUUGUUAGACUAUUCUUUUUGAAGAGGUUUGCAGGGAUGUUUGUGUCUGUUGAGAUUUCAGGGAUCAGUCUUGAGUAAGAAAAAAUAUUUUCGCUCAACUUUUUAAGAAGUCUGCAAUGAAAAACACUGAGAGGUGUCCUUCACAAACUCAAGGAGACUGCAGUAGUUUGUUGUUAAAAGAUUUAUUUGCAAACCUUAUAAUUGUGUUUUUUUUUGUGGCUCCUCUCAGAGGUUUCAGUAACACAGAGACACUGUGCAGUGAGUACAAAUACUACUGUGAAGAAUGUAGAAGCAAGCAGGAGGCACACAAGAGGUCAGUAUACAGCCGUAUCCUCACCAUGCACUUUUCAGCCUCGUGUUAAUGCAGUUCUCUGUGUGUUCAGCGCUAUUCGGAGACGUCUGACACUGUGUUUGUGUCGUAGGAUGCGUGUGAAGAAGCUGCCGAUGAUCUUGGCUCUGCACCUGAAGCGCUUUAAGUACAUGGAACAGCUGCAGCGCUACACCAAGCUGUCCUAUCGCGUCGUCUUCCCCCUGGAGCUCCGCCUCUUCAACACCUCAGGGGACGCCACCAAUCCCGAGAGGCUCUACGACCUGGUCGCUGUGGUGGUUCAUUGUGGGAGGUGUGUAGGUGCAGACACGGAAUACAACACCUUCAUGACCGUCUCCUCAGCAACGGGAGACAAGCAGAAAAAUGUUCUAUUUAUAAGAACAUUUUUUAAAUCUACUGGCAUGAGGGAAAAAAGGUACAUUAGGAUUUAUAUGGAGCAGGAGAUAACACAGACUCUCGUCCAUCAUAGUUCAACACAUUUCCUCGGUGUGUGGGAGUUUGUCUGUCUGUGUUUAUACACGGUGCUCCCUCCAACACUGCAUGACUCUGCUUGAGGAUAAUUUAUUAAAAAAGUGUAUUUAAAGGUCAGACUCAGCUGGAGUUAAGCAGGUGAGUCGUACAGAUGUAAACGAUCCGUCUUGAGUAUUCUCCAAAGUGUCUGAGCUUAGCUCCCGUUUUCAGCUCCAAGGUUGUUUUCAGAGCGGGGAGAUGUAUUAGGAAAUUUAUGUCAUGAUUUCAGGCAAUGUAACGACUGGGAUUUCAGCGGAAUUAUGUCAGGGUAGUGCUUAAAGCUAAAAGAGAUAACAUUAGAGAAACCAGCAGGGGAAAACAAGAGCUUGGAAGUAUUUAACUGACAAGACUCCCUAAAACAGUCAAAUAGUACCGUCUGACUGCUGAAAUCCAGAGAAAGUCAGGUUUAAUAUUGGCAACAAAUAGGAGAAGUGCUGCUGGGUCUUCUUUGUGUCAAACACAUACAGGUACUCUUUUGAUACUUCAGACCUGUUGUAGUCCUAACGUCUGAAGUACUAAAAGAACUUCAUCUAAAUAAAUAACUGCAACUGUCCCUCAAAAGACUCACCUUUCAGAAGAACACUUAUCUGAACCGGAUGGAUUUUAAAGCAGUUUUUGCGCCCAUGCCGGUGCGUGUUCGCAUCCUUGUUACAGUAAGAAGACUGCUAACGGGACCACAGAGUGCUGGCUUUCAGUUUCUGCACCUGCAGCACUCGUACAGAAAAAGACACUGGGUCUACUCCAAAUUAAAAGUCACUAUCACUGGGCUGGUGAUGCAGAUAAAACUGUCUCAGAAAACAUCUGAUCUGAGAUGAUUAUGUGUAAGUCGGCUGAGUUUAUUAGUGAAGUUUGUCAUGUAGUAAGGAACACAUAACACAGAUGAAGUAUCCUCUCCAUGCAGGUGUGAGAGUUGCUGCCCUCUGUCAUUCUACUGUGUUGUGUUUGAGGUGUUGAUUUUAUCUGCUCACUAAGAGCAUACUAACAACACAGAUUAUUUUGUCAGUGUAGGAUGUCUCCAAAGUAACAUCUACUGACAAACAAAUAAACAUAUGAAAGGUGCAACUUCUCACUGUCCACGCCUACACAGUCUUGCAGUCUCUGCGUAGUGGAAAGAGUAAAAAGGCCUGUGUGGGUGCUCCACGGGGGUGUGUGAGAUCUCCAAAGUCAGACUACUAUGUUCAUAGAGGUUAAAAAUGACUCUGUAAAGCUAAUACAGUCUGUUUUUUUUUCAGUGGUCCAAACAGGGGUCACUAUAUCGCCAUAGUAAAAAGCCACGACUUCUGGUUGUUGUUUGAUGAUGACAUUGUGGAGGUGAGUGAGUUCAUCAGCAUUUGACAUUUGAUUCAGCGCUCACGUUGAACAGUUUUUCCUCACGCCGCGACUGUUUCAUUUUUCUGCUCUUGUAGAAAAUCGAUGCACAGGCCAUAGAGGAAUUCUACGGUCUCACUUCUGAAAUCUCCAAGAACUCUGAGUCAGGCUACAUCCUCUUUUACCAGUCCAGAGACUAAAGGUGGCGCCACGUGUUCCACCACGGAAACUGGAAGAGAAAUGCUCUGUUCCCUCUUUGUGAGCAGCAUCGGACCAUUUAACGCACCACAGCAGCCCUCAUGGUGUCACACCUGAUCGUGCAGCUGUAGCUCAUACUCGUGCUAUAUGCACUCAGCUCAGCCUUGGAAGCAUACCCUCUUUACCCUCCCUUCAUCCCCUCCCCUCCUCUUUGCAGCCGGACGCUGCUGCUGCCGCCUGGACUUUGAGACGAUAAUGAAUGAAAACUGUGUUUAGAUUGUUUUUAAAAAAAGACAGUGAAUGAGGGUUGUACAGAUGUUGGUUGGUCGUACGAGUGCCGUAUUAGUUUUUGCCUUGGGUGUGGGGUCGAAUGGGUAUUUAAUAAUUCAUAAGAUGUAAUAUUGGCCUGGUGUAUGCACCCCCCCACAUUGUUAUUCUGCACCGGGAGUAACUAAGGGUGGAUCAUGUUUUUGAUCAUGGAUGUAAAGGUGGAUGGGUGUGAUGGGGCAAACUGGGUUGUAUAUUUCUACAGUGUACAGGAUGGUAUUUGUAUAAAUAUUACAAGAAGAUAAUAUUAUCAUUGGAAAAUGUUAGACCUUGAGAAGAUGUAUUAACACUAUGGUGCACUUUUGAUACCGUUUUGUAGGUGUUGGCAAGUUUAACGUAAGGGUUUGCUUAAAAAGGCCUGUUGUGAAGCGAUCAUUUUCUGUUUUAAAGAAAAAGAAAUAAAGCGAGUAAGAUUGAGG